AUGGGAGAGCAUGGGACCAGAGGAGAGCAGAGUACCGAGGAGAGCAGAGGACCACAGGAGAGCAUGGGACCCAAGGAGAGUGCAGAGGAUCGGAAGAGACCAGAGGACCAUGGUAGAGCAUGGGACCAAGGAGAGCAGAGGACCGAGAGAGAGCAGAGGACCACAGGAGAGCAUGGGACGGGAGAGAGCAGAGGGAUCGAGAGAGAGCAGAGACCAUGGGAGAGCAUGGGACCCAGAGGAAGCAGAGAUCGAGAGAGAGCAAGUAAAGACCACGGGAGAUAUGGGACAAGGAGAGCAGAGGACCCCGAGAGAGAGAGCAAGGACCAUGGGAGAGCAUGGGACCAGAGGAAGCAAGGAUCGAGAGACGAGCAGAGGACCAUGGAGAGCAUUGGACCAGAGGAGAGCAGAGGAUCGAGAGAGAGCAGAGGACCAUAG